AUGAAGUACAUGCUUUCAAGCUCUGAAGACAUGCCUGAGAUUGACUUCAUUGAGGUUGUAGAGCCAGUAGGAAAAAAACACGAUGCUGCUGCUGUCCAAAGUGGAUCUAACAUUUGGACUUUCCUCAAAAGAAAUGCUUUUGUCAUUCUCACAAUGGCUGCUGUUGCGAUAGGAGUUGGCCUGGGCUUUGGUCUGCGACACAUUAACAUGUCAGUCAGGGAAAUUAAAUAUUUAACGUUUCCUGGAGAAUUGCUGAUGAGAAUUCUGCAGAUGCUGGUGCUUCCUCUCAUCAUUUCCAGUCUGAUUACAGGCAUGGCAAAUGUAGACCGAAAGGCUUAUGGGAGAAUCGGUCUUAGGGCCUUUAGCUAUUACAUGCUUACCACUAUCAUGGCUGCAUUCACUGGCAUUACUCUGGCUAUCCUUAUCCAGCCUGGAAAAUCAUCCAGGCAUAGCUCAGAGUCCUCUGGUGGUGAAGCAGAGGCUGUGCAGAGUGUGGAUGCUUUCCUGGAUCUGAUCAGAAACAUGUUCCCCUCAAAUCUGGUGGAAGCUUGUUUCAGAAAGUAUAAAACAGCUUACUCCAGCAGUAACUCUUCAGAAAAGCAUCUCAAUGAAGUCAAUACGACUGAAAAUACACCAAUUCCUGGGACCUCAGAUGGCAUCAAUGUUUUGGGGCUGUUAGUCUUCUCCAUGGCAUUUGGCCUCAUCCUGAGCAGUAUGGAGACACAGGGAAAGCCUUUGAGGGAUUUCUUUGACUGCCUGAAUCAAGCUAUCAUGCUUCUGGUUAACACAGUCAUCUGGUAUUCACCAGUGGGAAUUCUCUUCCUGCUGGCAGGACAGGUUGUGAAGAUGACAGAUGGAGCAGCGAUUGGUCAUGACAUUGCCAUGUAUACUCUCACUGUGAUGAUUGGCCUCAUGAUCCACAGCCUCUUCACCUUGCCCCUCAUCUAUGUCACAGUGACACGAAAAAAUCCUUUGAGGUUUAUGGGAGGUUUCCUGCAGGCUCUUGCUACUGCCUUUGGGACAUCAUCCAGCUCUGCAACUCUUCCUGUUACCUUGCAUUGUAUGGAGGAGAAUCACAACAUGGACAAACAAGUGACACGCUUCAUGCUCCCUUUAGGAGCAACAAUGAACAUGGAUGGCGCAGCCCUCUAUGAAGCAGUAGCUGCUUUAUUCAUAGCCCAGGUUAAUAACAUGGAUUUUAACCUUGGACAAAUCAUUAUCCUCAGUUUGAUUGUCACAGCAGCAAGCACUGGUGCAGCAGGCAUCCCACAAGCCGGAAUGGUAUCCAUGGUGAUUGUGUUGGCAUCAGCUGGACUGCCUACUGAAGACAUAUCACUUCUCAUGAUUGUUGAUUGGAUUCUGGAUCGUCUAAGGACUGCCACCAACGUGCUGGGGGACUGCAUCGGUGUUGGUGUAGUGCAGCAUCUGUCCAGUAAUGAGCUACAGCAGUCCAGCCGCACAUAAGGAAGUACUUUUCUGAGUGGAAUCAUGAUGUGUUGGUGUCAGUGGUUUUUAUGCUUUAAAUGUCGACAGAAAUCCCUCAAAACAAAUAUUGGUUCUUUAGAAAUGGCACAGAGUGAAAUUGAAAAAAACUUCUUUUUUUUUUUUUUUAUCCAACACCUGGUCCUGUAGUGUCGUGGAACUAAAAAUUUUUAGACUUAUUUUUUUAGUAUUCAAGAAGCAUUUGAGUUAAAAGCACCGUCCACAUAUUAUCUGAGUAGUACAUUAGUCAAGACACAAACAACAAUACUUUGCCCAUGACUUUAUUUAUUUUUAUGGAAAAAGUUUUGGGAAAUCAGUUAGUAAGACCCAACGACUAUCCUAAUAAUCUGUUUCCAAAAUAAGUAUGGAUCAUGAAGCCAUGAUGUUGUAACAUGUUUAGACAGUGAUUUAGCAUUUUCUUGCUGAAAUAAAUGAAAUUUUUCCUGAAACAGACUUCAUUAGAAGUAUUAAUAAAUAUACAACAGACCAAAUGACACUUUUUUUUUUUUUUUUUGACUCAGG